AACAAUUCCGCGGCACUUGUGACCCAUGACGCUCCUUCCAAUGGAAAAUGGGGAAGGCAUUCUUUGCGCAUUAAAGUGUAUGGUCUUCAUUUAUUAAACCCAAAAAUCAUAGGUUUUGAGCAGGAAAAGCCUCUGUCUAUACCAUCAAUUCUCGAAGAUUACAUCAAACAGAUAUCCAGAAAUGGACAAACAAGGCUUCCUUGGAUAUAUGUAAAACCAUUGCUACUACAUAAGUACAACAAAGUGGUCGACUCAUUCAUAUCGGAAGGGAGUGGUUUAGAUUACUCAAUGUUAGCUACCCCACCUCACUUAAGUGAACUUCGGCAGCGAGUGUUCAAUACUCUCAAAAGACUUGAUGGAAUACCUUUUACUAUUCAGAGAAUUUGCGAACUAUUUGAUAGUCCUACUCGUCACUACCAAAGAGUGGAUAAGUUCCUGAGAGGACUAGAGAAGGUUUGUAUGGUGGUAUCCACAGUAGAUCCUUAUGGAAACAAAAUUCACCAAGAAGAUCCCAGGUUCCCAAGUCAUGCUGGCUUGGAUGACUGUGGGUUAUUAAUAGAGGGUUCUAUUACUUCACCACCCACCUCUCCACCUCCUGAGAAUCCUCAAGUACACCAUAUUUCCAAGUCCUCGGAUGAAGAGGUUACUGAAGAAGAUGACGAAGGUGAGGAUAAUAGUAGUGAUGGGAGUGAUGAACGACAAUCACCAAAAGCUGAUCAUAGUAUGAAUCCAAAUCCAUUAAUGAACAACUCUUGUGCAAGUUCGUGGCUUUUCAAAGCACAAAAUUCAUUGAAUCUUCCACACACUCCUCCAAUGCCGUUUCGUAGUUCUGUUUCCAAAACCAGGUUGGCUGACCAGUCUUUAACAAGUGCUCCUUUACUCAGUGGUUUGUGUGGUAAUCUUCUCUCUGCAUACUCGAAUAAUGACGAAGAUUACGACCAACUUAAUCGAUCGUCAGAAAACAAACAUACUGAUUCUAAUACCCAAGUUAAUUCCGAUCACUUAUCGUCUGUUGGAUCUAGCUUCUGCUCUGAGUCGUCUGAGUGUUUACAUGCUCUACCUGUAGAAUCUAACCUACAAGAAAAACCAUCAGAUGCUUCACAUAAACUCUCUUCAGUUGUACAAGAUGAAAUACAAGAUAAUUCUCUUCCAUGGAAUGAGGCGACUAAAAUGCCAAUCGUCAACUCAGAAACAUUGGAAGACACGAUAGAUCAGUGUGAUAAACCAGAUGAAGUAUCUAGCAGUGUUAUUAAACCUUCAGUUUCCAAUGUAAACCGAAAUGAUUCGCCUUCCAGAAGAUUAGAGCUCGACACAACUGGAGAUGAAAGUGGUUUGGCUGGUUGUCAAGUUCUGAGACCUAUUGGUCAACUUGAAGCAUUUGUACAAAAUUUAAAUUCUGAAGUUUCUAGCUCAGUAACGUCUGUACCAUUGCACAGUGGGUCUCCAAAAUCCACAAGCGACCCAUCUGCUCAUUUGAGUUGUGUAUCAUCUAUGGAGGACCUAAAUCAUCAGGGAUCAAUUACUUCAUCUAACUCACUCUUACCUGUUUUGGUUGGGGUUAGACGUCCCCGUUCACCAGGAAUGGAUUCUAGUGGUAGUGAUCCUAAUGUUUCAACAAGCAAAGAUGCAGAUUUGUCGGAAAGUCCCGCCAAAAGACGUAGACUUCCGUCUUCAGAUUUAACUGAAACGGUAGAAUCUAGUACAGAUUCAUUAGUUGGCAUUAGUUUCCAGAUUGUGACUUCAUCAUCUUUGGCACUGAAUGAUUCUCCUCCCAUUAUUAUGUGUAAUCCUACGAAUCAAACUCGUGAUAUGGAUUCUGGUGAAUGCAUUUUCGAAGUCUCAGAAAAUCCUAGUUCUGGUCAGUCUGUAGUCGAUCCAAUCUCAGCUAGUGAUAACAUAUCUAACUUACAUGAAGUAGUGAACAUUAGUUUCGCACAAAAUUCUGAGUCAAGUUCAGAAUCUGUAGAAGGAAGUGAGACAGUUUUGAUAAACAAUGAUAAUAUUGGUCUAUCAACUGUAAACUUGUCGAAUAUUAAUUCGGAAACCGGAGAGGAAGAGUCAUAACAUCUCUUUUUUAAUCAUAACUACCAAUGUUUUCUAGAAAAAUAUUGUGGUUUCAAGAAAUUUCAUAAAAAUACUUUUUAAGUGUAUAUCAUAUUACUUUUAUUAUCGUUGUAAAAUUUUUGAACCUGCUUGCUGUUUUCAGAUUUUCUGAUUGUAAUCGUUAUUUUCAAUAUUAUUUCGUUAGUCAAGCUUAAUGCAGUGUACUAUUCGUAACUAUAUGUCAGUCUUUAAAAUUGAUAGAGGGCAAUCUCAUUUAUCGGUUAUUUUGGUGUUUUAAGUGGCUUAUUUUGUUUCUCAUUGUAAAUCUCACUCUUAAACAACUUGCAUCGUUUAGUUUCGAGACGAAAGAUGUUAUCAUUUGACAAUUUGAAUCUUAUUUUACUUUUUGCCGACAGUCAAUUUAAUAACAUUUUAUCACACAAAUUAAAGAGUUCCUGUCAGAACUGUAAGGGUGUACAAGUUUUAUAAUAAAAAAAGUGCUAGGUUAUUGUC